CUGCUGGAAACACAAUUUUAAGAGAGAAAAUUAUAUUGAGUCAUGGCAAGAUUGCGAUAAAAUAUUUGCAAAACAAUCACAAACAUACCGACUGCUCAUAGCUGUUACUACAUACGUCUAUACAUUUGUGAUUUUGUUAGAACUAUUCCUACGAUUCACAACUAAAGAGCAAUUGUUAAAAAUUGCAAAGUCUAAUUGGAAUACAUAUACACUUACUUACAUAUAACGAUAGUUAAUUUAGUGCACUGAAAUGUUUCGUUGUUGUGGUUGUUGCUCAGCACUACGGCCGCGCUACAAGCGCCUGGUGGACAACAUUUUUCCCGUAAAUCCUGAAGAUGGUCUAGUCAAAUCAAACAUGGAGAAAUUAACAUUUUAUUCGCUCAGUUCACCAGAUAAGCUGGAUCGAAUUGGUGAAUAUUUGUAUCAAAAGGCUAGUAAGGACAUCAAUCGUAAACGUUACAAGUUUGUAGAAAUCGCCAUGGAAGCAAUGGACUUACUACUGCAAGCUUGUCAUGCACAGACUACAUUGAAUUUAUUCGUUGAGUCUUUUUUGCGUAUGGUACAGAAAUUAUUGGAAGACACUAAUCCCAAUCUACAAAUUAUGGCUACCAAUUCGUUCGUUAAGUUUGCAAAUAUUAAUGAGGACACGCCUUCUUAUCAUCGCCGUUAUGAUUUCUUUAUAUCGAAAUUCUCUGCUAUGUGUCACGGCAACCAUGACAAUGUCGAAUUCCGCGAUAGCAUACGCCUAGCCGGUAUUAAGGGUCUGCAGGGUGUCAUACGUAAGACGGUCUCCGAUGAUUUGGUUGAGAACAUAUGGGACAAAGUGCAUAUGGAAAAAAUAGUACCGUCAUUGCUGUUCAACAUGCAGUCCGGUGACUUAACACCCGUUGAAGACGCAACACAUGUCACACCACCAGUGCUGGCCGAAGAAGUGCUACGCGAACUUGUUGGACGCGCCUCAUUUGGUCAUAUACGCAGUGUCUUGAAGCCACUUCUCACUCAUUUGGAUCGUCACGAAUUAUGGGUGCCGAACACAUUCGCUAUACACACCUUUCGCAUUGUUAUGAUCUCCAUACAGCCGCAGUAUUCAUACACAGUUGUGGAGACUUUAAUGCAACAUUUGGAUAACAAUUUCAAGUCAUCACCGAAGACGCGCACAUCUUUAGCUGUUGUACUCUCGAAGAUAAUCGCAAUCGCCGCUGGCGAAAGUGUUGGUCCCUCCGCCUUGGACAUUAUUAAUAAUUUGCUUACACAUUUGCGCACCAGCGUCAGCACAACAACAGAAAUCACCGCCGAAGAAUCUCAAUAUCAAGAGGCACUCAUUAAUGCGCUUGGCGAAUUCGCCAAUCAUCAUCCGGAUUAUCAGAAAAUUGAAAUAAUGUUAUUCAUUAUGAAUACUGUACCCGAUCUGUCGAAGAAAAGCAAAAGCGAUCAAAUGCUACAGAAUAUACUUUUGAAAUCCCUUUUGAAAGUUGGCACACAGUACAGCACAGUUUCAUUUGAGAAGGCCUUCCCGGCAUCCUUCUUACAGCCCUUAUUGAAGAUGGCACGCGCACCACACGACCCUACACGUGUCAUCGUUAUGCAGAUCUUCCAGGCCUUGCUCGAUCGCCACCAGAACGAAAAAGUGCUCAGUCAUGUGACUGUGAAGCCCUAUGCAGCAUUGUCGCAAGAGCCACCAUCGCGCUCUGACAUAAUAUUCACGCAUAAAUAUGGCGCCAAUAUAAUGCAGGCGCUGAUCGAUAGUAUGGCGCUGUCGGAUCGCAUUGACUCGCUUAUAUCCAGCUACAAUACGGCAGCUUUACUGAUUGUCGAAAUGGCUUGUGGCGAAACCGUACAAGAAUUCUUGCUAUUCAUUUUGGGCAUUCAACAGAUCGCACUCACAGCCGAUUUGGAAUUGGAAGCCGUGCAUAAGUGCAAUUUACAUUGCAUUGCCAUCGCAUUGAUGUCGUUGAUUUCACGCGUCACUGGCGUAAAUAACUUGCUUGAAUAUGCGCAGAAGAUAAUCGACGCAAGAAAAGAGGAGGCACCAUAUUUUCUACCACCACUUUUGGAUCCGAAAAAGACGACAACUUCGAAAAUGAACCUAGGCUUACCACAUCUGACCAUCGAUAAAAUCGCACUGGCCGAAAAUCUACAAAAUGCCGGCAUGGACUCGAACCGUUUGCAAACCGGUACACCAUAUGCACUAAAUCAAACCGAUAACCCGGCACACCGCCACUCCUGGGUGGACACAGUGAGCAAUCCACAGUUACCGCAGCGUAAUAGUUCAGCAGAUUUGACGGCAUAUAAUGCCGAUGGCGAUAGUGUUACGAGUUCACCAGGCGUUUCGAAGAAAAUCCUUGCACCCGAAUACAAUUUUGAGGCCAUGAAACGUGCCUUAGCUGAACCCUCCGAGGCGAUGAAGCGUGAACAGCGCGAAAAGCAAUUGCAGAUAGUGCGCACCUUCCGUGAGGGUAAUUUUGAGGACUUGGUACGACGCACAGAGCCCAAACAUGAUCUUAUACAAAAUCGCCUAAAUGACCUAUUCAAUUCGCUGGCAGUGGAGCGUCAGAUAACCCAAAGCGAUAUUAAAACGCAGCAGCUGCAAGCAGAAAAACCGAUUUACGAGACGAAUUUCCCCGAAUUGUUCUAUUAUUAAUUAAUUAUUUGUAAUCAAGUCCAUUACACUCGAAUGGCAAUUUGCUAAUCGCUAACGCUGGGCAGCUUCAAAAUGCUCCUAUUGAAUAUGUAUGUAAUAAAUAUGUCUUCUUGCUUGCAAAAAACGUUGUAAACACAAAAAAAUGUUCGAUGUUGUUAUUGCAAUAUAUACAGUUAAACACAGUUUUAAUUAUUAAACAAGUUUGUAAAAGUA